GGCGACUGCAAUCUUGCUGCGCGACAAGCUCCUUGACGUCCCUCCACCAUGACGAGUCGCACAACAGUGUACGCACGACAAGGGCAAGUGAAUCAAGCCGACGAACCACAAGACAAGGAGAACAAGAGAAUUAAUGACACAAAACUGAAAACAAAGCCAAGACCGCGGACUGCGAGCAAGGCGUCGAAAGUGCAUUGCUUGUGCCGGAAGCCAGACGACGGAUCGCCCAUGAUCAGAUGCGAUGAGUGCAAGGGAUGGUAUCAUUUCCGUUGCGUAGGAUUGAAGGAGAGUGACGCGGAGGACAUCCAGCUUUAUAUCUGUCCGCCAUGCGCUGAACGAACCGGUUUGCGCUCAAUCAAGGAAUGGGAGGGCGUCGACGGCCUAGAGGAAGUAAAGGCCGCCGGGAAACCGCUGCGCGUUCAAGCGCCGAGCGAGCAAGCCGAAGAGGCGGAAGGCUCGGAGAGUGGGACGGAGCUGCGUCCGCCCUCGUCGGGUUCCGAAAGCGAUGGAAGCGAGGAUGAGUACAUAGCAGAGGAGACGAGGGCAAGAUCUCGAGGCAAGCGGCGAGUGCGACGUGUGUCAGUGUCUUCCUCUGGUUCCGAAUCAGAGAAAUCAACUAAAGGAGGGCGCGCAUCGAAAAAGGCACGCCGCCUCAGUACGACUGCUCACGACGCCACGGGCCGAAGUUCUACUUCUCCAGGUCCAAGCAAUCCCCCAAAGCGCAGACAGUCUACUGCUUUUUCUCAGCCACCAGCGAAGCGCGUGCGCUCCGAGUCAGGCGAGGAUCCUACGCGGAAAUACUGUCUGACGAAGUUGCAGGAGACUUUCUGUCAGAUCUUCCUACGAUAUCCUUUCCUGCGGGAUGGUGCGAGUCAGCUAGCAACUUCUAAUGAAGCAUUGGAAGCGGACAGGAGGCAGGAGGAGCUCACUGACGAUCAAAAGGAGAAGAUUGAGACGACAGCGAAACAUUUCGCUUCCGAUCUUGAGCAGUGCGUAUACGAUUUGUAUGCGGAACCUGAUAAGGCUGGAAAACGCUCGGCCGCCGGGAAAUACAAGGAGCGUUUCCGGAUGCUUACUUUUAAUUUGAGCAAACCUGACCGCGUGCUCCUCCACAAACGAAUUGCGUCGUCCCAUAUCACUCCUAAAGAGUUAUCUACGAUGUCUUCCACUGACCUUGCUGAUGAAGAGACAAAGCAGUCAAUCAAACAGGCUGAACAGGAGGCUUUGGAUCAUUCAAUUCUAAAGAAGCAGACCCUUCCUCGUGCGAAGAUCACCCACAAGGGUAUCGAAAACAUUGAGGACGUGAAUGGGGCUGUUCAGCGUGAUAUAGAGCGCGCUCGUGAGGAAGAGGAGGAGGAGAGGAUUGAGCGAGAGCGGCUGGCUCGACUGCAACUACAAGCAGAACGUGCGCGUUCUGCUAGCAUACUUGGACAGGGCUCAGUGCCGCCGGAGUCUCCGGUCGUACCGCAACCCCCUGGAUGGGGCGGGCCUCCAGCUCUCCCUACGUAUGCCAUACAUCCUGAUAGUCAUGUGGGCAGGCCACCGUCCAACGCGCUCUUUGUGCCAUCUGUGUCCGACUACGGUGGGCCUGUGGAAAACGAGCUGAAUCUCGCGGAUCUCAUCAACAUUGAUGAGGACCUCCCUGUAGACACCUCUGCUGCGCUUCCUAUCUCUACCGAGUCUGCAGAGCUCACUGAGUCGGACUCCAAAGCCGAUCUACAGAAGAGUCCUGUGUCAGAGACCCCUACAUCAGUAUCCUCGACGGCGAUUUCUCCUUUCGCUUCGAGGAGCUCCCAGCCAGAACUGGCUUCUCGCCCUUCAUUCGACCUAAAUUCUAUAUGGAUCGGCAACAAGGAAGCCGAGGUUGCUUCUGAACAGCUGAAGAACGCUGCAGAGGAAGAACCGGUUGCUGAAGGGGAGCCGAAAGAACAAGCCCUCGACGUGGAGAUCCUAGGUCAAGCGGCAGAUGACUAUGACUUUGACAUGUUCUUGGGGAAAGACGACGAUGAAAAGGCACCUGCAGUUGACAACAGCCCUGAGGGGCAGCGGGCUGCCUUCGAAGCGCUGCCUCGGGUAUGGAUUGGCACGUUGAGCAUGCCACUGGAUUCGGCUAUUCCCCAAAAUGUUUCUCUCAAUGCACGUCAGACUGGUGGACGGACACUAGAAGGUGAUUCGCCUCUAUGGCACACGCUCUUCCCAUCCAGUGAACUUCGCAUCGAUGGUCGGGUACCGGUGGACAAGUCUGCGCAGUACUUGACGCAGAUGCGAUUGAAUCCUUCAAAGGAGCUUAUAGCUGUAGCUUUCUCUCCAGAGCCCGGACCUAGUCUAGAGAGUCCUGGAUUCAACGCACUCAUUGAUCACCUUAUAGCGAAAGGACGACACGGUCUUGUCUUUCCUUGGGGCAACCGGCCUAAAGAGUGGGCUCCUGGACGAGAAUUGUACAUUAUUCCACUGCUCUCCACUGAUCCUGUCCCGGAAUAUAUGGAACUGCUCGAUGACCUCCGUCUGCCCAAGCUCAGAAACUCCAGCUAUUUAAUCGGCGUGUGGGUGUUGAACAAAGGCAGACUCGCUCCUCCGCCAAGACCACCUGCGCCGCCAGCGGCGGCAUCAUCUCAUCCUGCUCCGCCUACAUACCAAUUGCCACAAAUCCUUUCAGUGACCGGAAUCCAACAACCGGGAGUCUUCAACCAACCGUCACUAUCACCGGCCUCACAACCGCCGCAGCCGCAACAGCAACCUCAAUUACCGGCGCAACAGACAUCACCCGCCGCGGCACUGGCAGCUGAAGUAGCACAACUCACCCCAGAGCAGAUCCAAGCAAUGCUACGAACACUGGCCUCUUCCGCGCUGAUUCCUCAGCAGCCCGCCGCUGCACCACCAGCAUCGGCACCAUCGCCGAUGCCAGCAAUAUUUCAGCAACCAUCUGCAGAACAAGCUAUCCCCCUGCAGCCCUGGCUGAACCCAUCAAGCAGCUUCUCCCCGCCGUACCAAGGUGCUCCUCCAUUCCCCAGCUCGUCGCCGCCGCGGCCAUCUCGCUCCUAUUCCGAUGUAUCCUACGGCGGGUACGACCAGGAGCGCCCCUAUCCUCCAGGGCAUGGUAGCGGCGAAAGAGGGGACCGAGGGUAUCGCGGCAGGUCGAGUGGCCGGAAUCGAGGCGGCCGCGGACGAGACCGGGACCGCGACCGCGAGCGUACGCGCGAUUCGGGCUGGGGGAAGCGCGGACGUGGGAGAGGAGGGGCGGGUAGUAGUAGUCCUACCCGAGGUAGGGGAUGGGGUGAGCAACAAAGAUGGAGUUGAAGACGUGUGCGAUGCUCGUGCUGAACCUAACGUCAAUUCCGCAACGUUCAAUACUGACAUUCCCUAUCUUAUUCAGUAUUCAUGUCUAGUGCUCAGCGGGUGAUUGUAUGGUAUGAGAAGUGCCACCUUUUUUGUGUAGCUACAAAGUCUUUUGCUUGUCUGUUCGCGUACCUAUCAACUGAAUGAAUGUGUUUGACCGCACGGCGACUUACUG